GCUUGGUAGGUUGAAGUGUGUGAGGCCGUUCGUCAGCUAGUGUGUCGGGGCGGAUAAAAAAGGAAAACGAAAUUCCGUUGAUAGUAAUUCCAAACUCUCAAGCUUUAAAAGUUGGAAUUUCUGCUCCCUGUUCGUGUUCAAUUUGAACUUGUUCUGUAGGAUAGUUUUUGGAGGUGUAUUUUACUUGGCGGAAGAGGUUUAUUUUUAAGAUGUUUUAACCCCCCCCCCCAUCCUGUAAAGUGUCGUAUUAAUACUUUUGAGUUUUAUUUAGCGGGCUUAAAACGCCGAUACGCAGUAUAUGUUUUCUUUAAGUUUUUUCUGGAUAUUCUUUUUUCACUUAAAAUUGUUUGCUGAUUUAUCAGAGAGAUUACAUGUUUACUGGCAGGAUUUAUUGUUGCCUCCUCGCUCCUUAAAAGCAGCGGGACCCGAGUUCCUGGAAGGAACUGUUCAACGGGGGAAGGACUCCUCGCUUUGAUUUCCAGAGCUCCGAAGCCCGCUAAUCAUCAAUCCAGUGUCGAGGUUGCUGGUCAUUCAGAGACGUUACCUUCAUUGACAUAUCUGAAACCGCUUCUGCAGAUACAAUGUCAGCAAUCCUUCCAUUUACACCCCCAGUUGUGAAGCGCUUGCUCGGAUGGAAAAAAUCUGCAAGUGGAUCAGGGGGAGCUGGUGGAGGGGAACAGAAUGGGCAAGAAGAGAAGUGGUGUGAAAAAGCAGUGAAAAGUUUAGUGAAAAAGCUCAAGAAAACUGGACAGUUGGAUGAAUUAGAAAAAGCCAUUACCACUCAGAACUGUAAUACCAAGUGUGUAACUAUACCAAGCAAUUGCUCUGAAAUUUGGGGACUGAGUACACCAAAUACGAUAGAUCAGUGGGAUACAACAGGCCUUUACAGCUAUCCUGACCAAACCAGAUCUCUUGAUGGACGUUUGCAGGUUUCUCACCGCAAAGGUUUACCACAUGUCAUCUACUGUCGGUUAUGGAGGUGGCCGGAUCUGCACAGUCAUCAUGAAUUACGAGCCAUUGAGACUUGUGAAUAUGCUUUUAAUCUUAAAAAGGACGAGGUGUGCGUUAAUCCUUAUCACUACCAAAGGGUGGAAACACCAGUUUUACCACCUGUUCUUGUGCCAAGACACACAGAAAUUCUGACAGAACUGCCUCCUCUGGAUGACUAUACCCAUUCCAUACCUGAAAACACUAAUUUCCCUGCUGGAAUUGAACCACCGAAUAAUUAUAUUCCAGAAACACCACCACCUGGUUAUAUCAGUGAAGAUGGUGAGACAAGUGAUCAACAAAUGAACCAAAGUAUGGACACAGGUUCACCAGCAGAGUUAUCACCCAGUACGCUUUCGCCUGUGAAUCACAGCAUGGAUCUUCAGCCAGUGACGUACUCCGAGCCAGCAUUUUGGUGUUCUAUAGCAUACUAUGAAUUAAAUCAGAGAGUUGGAGAAACCUUUCAUGCAUCUCAGCCCUCAUUGACUGUGGAUGGGUUUACAGAUCCAUCAAACUCUGAAAGAUUUUGUCUAGGUUUGCUCUCCAAUGUCAACAGAAAUGCAACAGUAGAGAUGACAAGGAGACACAUAGGAAGAGGAGUGAGACUAUAUUACAUUGGAGGAGAAGUUUUUGCAGAGUGCCUCAGUGACAGUGCAAUUUUUGUACAAAGUCCAAAUUGUAAUCAGAGAUAUGGCUGGCAUCCUGCUACCGUCUGUAAAAUUCCACCUGGCUGCAACUUAAAGAUUUUUAACAAUCAAGAAUUUGCUGCUCUUCUUGCACAGUCUGUGAAUCAAGGCUUUGAAGCAGUAUACCAGCUAACAAGGAUGUGCACUAUUAGAAUGAGCUUUGUCAAAGGAUGGGGUGCAGAAUACAGACGUCAGACUGUGACAAGCACUCCUUGCUGGAUUGAACUACACCUGAAUGGACCUUUGCAGUGGUUGGAUAAAGUAUUGACACAAAUGGGAUCCCCAUCUGUCCGCUGCUCAAGCAUGUCCUAAAACUCAACUCUGGACUGGAAGACAUGUAUUGGAGUCUGAAUAAUAGACAACCUGUUUUUUCAUAGUACUUGUUGGUGACCCCUACAGACUUUUUCACUGUUGAAACAGACAAAAAGGCACUUGAUGUCCCAUCAGCUUUAUGCACCUUGUUUAAUUCUGUCUCCAAAUCCCUAAUAUUAAAUGUAUUAGUCAGUAGAAUUCGGAUAUCUUGAAUGUGGAAUUGAUAAUCAGGGCCAUUCUAGAAGACUUUGUAAUACUUGGCAUAGCACUGCAAGAAAGGUUUUUUUUUUCUUUCCUUUUUUUUUUUUUUUUUGUUUUUGAACACAGCACAACUCUUAAGUCAUGUAAUAGCACAGAGCAGCCAUCUUAGUUCAUGAUCCCUGAAAGCAAUUUUGUUUUUUUACUUUUGCAUUCAAAGUUUCCCUUAAAAUGCACUUUGCAUAUUUCCAAUAAGUGCGAAAUUUGAGGAAAACUAAUACAAAAUGUAUUCCAUUUUGGGUGUAAAUACCAUUUUGACUAGAUAGUACGAUUUUGUAAUUUAAUAAUUCGUAAACUUUUCACUUUUAGUACAGUUCUUUUUAUUAUAAUGAAGGUAUAGGCCACUUCCUCCUUCUAAAUAAGUAGCAUAUAAAGAAAAAGAAUAAAAGAUAAAGGUAAGAUUUAUUAAUUAAAAACAAAAAUCUGAAGUCCUUAGUGCUUUAAGUUGAUACCAUUUGCUUAAGUUUUUUUGUUUUUGUGGGUUUUUUUUCCUCCUUUUCCCAUCAACAUUUCAACUGCCACAGACAUAGAAUUGGUCAAGUAUAUUUGUUCAUGGACGUUUUAAUGCAGUGAUGCGACAGAACGUCUUAAAGUUUAAAUAAAUGCCUUUGACUGGAGCCUUUAUUCAACAACAUAAUAUAAUAAAGAAUAGUGUUUUUUAAAAUAUUUGGCAUGCUGCCUUGUCAAGUAGAAUACUGCAUAAUUGUGAUAUUGUAAUCAACAUGAAUUAUUUGUUUAGAUCCUUAAUUUUCACAAUGAAAUUGUUGGAAAGCCAAGACAAAGGGUCUAACAAGGUAUUCCUCCCUUCUACAGAAAAGGGAGUUCUUGUAACUUGUUUAAAGAUGGAAACAUACACACUUAUGUAAAAUUACUAAUGACUGUGAUCUUGCUGUCUGUCAUUAUUUUUCCUAUUGUGGCAGUAGCAAGAUUUUUAAAUGUUUCUUUUUUCAUUGUUAAUUUCUUUCUUAUUACACUAGCAAUUGUACUUUGUAAGUGCAACUAGUGAUUAGCUUUGACAACAAAAACGUGGCCAGUGUUAUAGCUUUGAAUCUGUAACGGCUGUAUAGAGGCCAAACGAAAGGGUUGUUUUUGCCAUAAAGAUGUGUGCGGAAGUGAUACCAAAUAGUGAUGAAAAAUUGGCCAGACUUUUUUUUUUUUUUUUUUAAUUAUUAUUUUUGGCAAAGCAGUCAAAUGUUUGAGCUUGUUUUACCUGAAGAAAAUUUGGCGUUGGUAGAACAUGUGAACUAGAGACAAUAAGCUUCAAGCGUGUUGCAUAUGCAGACUACAUAAAUACACUAAUAAAGGUUUUAAUUCUCAUAA